AGUGAGUGUGCAGCUGUUGCUACAAGGAGUCGGUCACAUUUUUGCUGCUCGUCUCGACAAUCACACGUUGCAGUCUGCGACUUGAGGGUGACGGUGCAAAGUGCAACGGAAGUUCAUCGGAAUCCGGUUUAUAUAAAAACCCGCGUGUCGUCCACUCACUACAUUUAGUCUGCUACUAAGCGUGUGCGAUGACUCGUGCAAGGAGAGCGUCUUCAGUCCGUCUGGACGGCUUGAGAAAAGUCAGUGUCGGAUCGAUGCUGUCCGACUGCGUUCGACACGUGCUCACGGCUGCGAGAGACGAAGCGAAUCUCAUCUGCGGUGUUGGUGCGGUCGCUGAAGCUCUGGAAAGUGACGUCGAUGCUGCGUUGUGCGUGUUGGCGACCGGCGACAGCGAGUUGAGCGAUCCUGCUGUUCAGAUAUAUUUCAAGUUGAUCGAGGCGUUUUGCAUUGAGUACGGCGUGCAUUUAUUGAAGGUCGACAGCAGUUUGCUGCUUGCAAAAUGGACGAGGCAGUCGAGCGUGAAAAGUCGAGCACGACGCGGUUGUGUUUUGAUCACGGGAGACAAAUAUUCUAAGGCUCUUGCUAUAUUGCGGAGCUACUGUAUGCAGGAGGGAGGUUUCGUGUCCAAGUCGAGUCUCAGAUUGCGUGAAAGGGUGGAGGCUGAGUCGGAGAUUGGUGUUGGCAACUCGUGUGUGGAGUGAUGUUGGUCACGUGAUUGAAUAUGUAUGGACAUUUAGCAAUAGAACUAAAGGAAGUACGUCACUGUGUGACAUAUUGUUGCAAGCUGCAAUACUGCAGCUAGUUGAGUAUGCAUUUGCAAUAUUGCCUUUUAUGCAUUAUGAUCUGCUGUGUACGUCCCGUACAUUGUGUGGUGAUAUUUGUAUUGGUAACGUUGUAGCAAUUUGUUUGUAUAGAAGUAUAGUAUGGUAGCAACAGUAACAAUAGAUGUACAAAGUGUGCUACGA